AUGUAAAGUGAGAGAAUAAAAUCAAAAAAAAGAGUUAAGCAUUACGAAUUUCUUUAUGAUUCUAAGAUUGGUUCAGGUGCUUAUGCAAAUGUGUAUAUGGGAAGGGAUAUUUAUAAUGAUUCAAGUACUUAAAUUUGAUAAAAAUAGCUGUGGCAAUAAAAAUUAUUAGUAAUAAUUUAAUUAAGAGCGAUUACACAUCUUAACAAAUAAAGAGAGAAGUUGAGAUAAUGAAAUCAUUAAAUCAUUAGAAUAUUGUGAAAUUAUUGGAUGUAUUUCAUAGCACAAACAAUAUAUAUAUAGUGACAGAAUAUUGUAAUGGAGGAGACUUAAAAACAUAUUUAGGAUCAAGAACAUUAAGUGAAGAGAGAGCCCUUUAAAUAUUUAAAUAAAUCUUAAAUGGAUUAUAAGAAUUAUUAAGGAAUGGAAUAGUUCAUAGAGAUUUAAAACCUGCAAAUAUUCUACUGUAGGAUGGUAUAUUCAAAAUUACAGAUUUUGGAUUUGCAAAAAGAGUAUAAAUGGAUUCAACAAUGUCAUCACUUGUUGGAACCCCUUUGUAUAUGGCACCUUAAAUCUUAAAGAGAUAACCAUAUACAAGUAAAUCAGAUAUUUGGUCACUUGGAUUGGUUUUGUAUGAAAUGAUUUACAAAAUAACUCCUUGGCAUUCAACUAAUGUAGUUGAAUUAUUGAAUAGAUUAGAUAAAGAACCAUUAAAAUUUCCAUUUUAACCAUAAAUUGAAUUAUUAACAAGAUAAAUAAUUAUAGGUUGUUUAGGUAAAGAAGAGAAGGAUAGAUGGGGAUGGGAUUAAUUGAUGAAAGCAAUUUAAGGGAAUGAAAAAUAGUAAUUAAUGAAUAUAUAUAUGACAAAAGAAUUGUAUUAUGUCACAAAGAAAUAAUAAAUGCAUAAACAAUAAUCUUAAUAAGAUUUAUAAGAAUAUUGUAGAACAAGUAGCACUUAAUCAUCUCCUAUAAGAUCAAUUAGUACAAAGAGAUAAAAAACUAUUACUAAUGAAAAUAACAGUAGUGUAUUGUUAUCUGAAUUAAUAAAGAAAAAAUAAUAAAUCUAUAAGAUUUUUGAAUUACUUGAGAANUGA